AUGGGUAAUACUUCUUAUCAGGUGGUUUCCUCUGAAGUGCCAAAGAAUGUAUCAGUUUCUCCUACAUCUUUGUUGUUCUUGGACAGCUGCCACAUCAAGUUGCUUGGAGAUGUGGGGUUCCAGGUUCAGUUUAUGGCAAUGGGUUCGUUUUUCAUAUUUGCAGUGCUUCAGGUAUAUCCUCCGCCUCUAAAGAAAAUGUUGGUCAACAUGAUGAAACCUAAAUUCAGGAUUUCACAGGGCAGUGCAAGACAAUUAUUUCAACGGUUGCAGGGACCAAUGGAAGAGGAUACACUGAAAUCUCAUUUUGAGAAAAUUAUUAUGAUUGGACAUAAACAACAUUACAGAAGGACACAGAAUGAUAAUCAGGAUCCAAAACAGUUGCAGCAGCCUCAUACUUCUCAUGCAUUUGCUCUUUCUCAAGUCCGACUUCAUACCAAAAUACUAGUUAGGGAUCACAGGAUGAGGAGGAUCCAAAUAAUCCUGAAAUCUUCAGACAUGGCUAGCCAUGAACAGAAGAAGAAGAGUUUACAGAAGGAAUCAAAGGAGGAAGCAGAGGAGUUUGCUGAGGUGGCAACGAAACCUCUAAAAGCCUUGCCAUACGAUACACCUGGUCAAACAUUUAUUGCAUUCGAGAAACCAGAAGGCGUUCCAGCUGUCGGCAGAUUUUCCAAUGUCUUGAAAUUAUUCGUAAAGAGGUUGAUCCCUCGACUGUCCUUCUUUUCUUCUCCCCUAGUUCUUCUGUUUUUCCUUGGUGAACAAGAUGCUGAAAAGAGUCAUAAAAUCUUGAAACUCCUUAUAAACUCGUUAUUGAAGAAUAGCUGUUAA